AUUUUAAACGUACAAAUUAAAUUCUAUUUCAAUAGAUCCGCUAUUAACAAUACAAAAAUACAAUUUUAUUAUCUAUUCGCUUACCUAUCGCCCGCUAUUAAAAAGCCGCUUAUCGCCUUCGCUAUUACAUUACAAUCCCCCCAAAAACUCUUUAAAAAGUUUAAAUUUACUUAUAAGGACCCGAAUAUAGUAAAGAGGGCUAAUCAAGAGUUAUACUAG